CUGCCGCACAACCAAAAACAAAAUCCCACGACGAAACUUGCAACUCCAAUCUUCAAACAGACUUCAUCCUUUGCUAUUCCAUUGAAUGGAUUCGCUUGUCAGUACUACAAUUCGUCAAAAAGCAAAAGAGACUAAACUUGUCCAAAACAUCAUAGAAACAUACGGUGGAAAGGGAAACGAGAUCAAGCUCGCUGGAAACAUUAUGGAAACAUAUGGAGAGCCGCACUAUAACAUGCAUCCUCCUCCGCCUCCUCCUACCUGGGCUGAAGUGGCUCAACCUAGAGCGCGUCGAUCCAGCACAAUUCAGACCGUGACAAACUGGCAGGACGCCCCUCAAGGUCAAUAUCAGGUCCAAACGCCAUACACACAUCCAUACGACCAAGGGAUGUCCGAUUUCCCGAGACUUUCUCCAGCAACUCAAGAAGAAUUUGAGACUCCGUCGCGCGAAGAAUCACCAUUCCACCCACAUCUUCCAUACAUAGUUGAUGUCCAUACUCUUCGCGAAGCAGUCAACAAGGAUGCUGGUCAGAUAUUCGACGCAAUUAUUACCAUCAUGGAAGAGCUGCACAGGGUCCGCGAUGAGAAUGAGGAUCUGAAGCGCGAUAAUCUGACUCUCAAGGAGAACUGGAUGGACGUCAGUCACCAAGCGAGAGAGGCGCAGAAGAAUUUGACCAGCACGAAAACCCAGUUGAGAAGAACACAAAAUGACUUGAAUGCUUACUGGGACGAAUUCAGUCAACGUCGCGGAGAUUGGUACAUCCGGGCUCAGCGAUACGAGGAGUUAUUGGCAAUAUGCAGCGCGAAGCAAGUACUAUUGUGGAAGUUGAUUGAGAGAAUCCGAGAAGGCGAUACACCAGAGGGUGAUCGGAAUUGGGAGAAUGCGGUGCCUUCAUUGACAGGCACUCAUUUCACUCCAACGGUAUCCGACUCUCAGUCAGAAAAGUCUGGUUCCAUAAUCACAGAAUUCAGAGGCAGUCCUGAGAGAGCAAUGUCGACUUCCAGGGGAAGAACAGGGAGGAAAGAACUUCCAAAAGGAGAAACAUCCAAUUACAAGAGAAGCUCUGAGAGAGGUCUUGACCCGGCUGCAGUAAGUUUGGACCUUCCAAAGACUAAAGCAUCCAAGGUCAAGGGGAGCCCUGAAAGAGGUUUUAAUCCUGCCGCAAGUUCGUUUGUUCCCGGUGUUGGAAACCCGGCAGCAAGUACAAUUUCAGACAUCACCGCGCCUGCUCUUCCUCAGGUCGACCUUCUCUCAUGCAUCCUCUCCCUCCCACCUCGAUUUUACGGUAUCUGCCCAAAUUCCCUAUGUGCUUCCUCGGAAUUCAAAUGUCGAGUGCCAGCCUGCCGUCUACAACAUGUCUGCGAAGCCUACAACGAUGAAAAGGGUGGUGGUUGCAAGGACGGCCGGCUCUGCAGAUUCGUUCACGAAUAUCGUUCCUGCUAUGAGGAGAUUGAUGGAUUCGGUUGUCGAUUCAUGGGUGUCACCAAGGAUAGCAAGGCCAGACAGCGUCACUUGGAGAGGAGAGCUCAUCAACAGUACGUGUCGGGGGAGGAGUGGAGAUCUCGAGUUAUCAUUGCUGGUCUGCGAGGUGCUCAUCGAGAGGGAAAAUACUAGACUUUGGCUAGAAGAGUGGAUUUGUUGGAGUAGGGAAUACUGUUUGAAGUAAGCCUCUUAGGAGUAAGAGAGUCAUUGCGAAGCUCUCCUUGGAGUAUAUCUGCUCCGUUUCUAGGUGG